UAUUUCUGAAAAUAAGACAUUACUCAAACAAAACUCCCCUCCAAAAUCAGGAAAACCCUUCUUCCCCAAAACCCCCAAAAGUCAUUUCCCAAAUUUCCACUCUCUUCUCCCCUCUCUCUAAUCUCCGCCAAAAUGUUCGGAGCAUCUAAUUCCGGCUUCGGAACUCCGUCGUUCGGAACACCGUCGUCAACCUCGGCGUUCGGAACUCCCUCGACAACCCCAGCUUUCGGAGCGGCUCCGUCGACGCCAGGUUUCGGCACUCCAUCAUCGCCUUUUCUCGGAUCUUCUAUCUUCAAUACUCCCUCUCCUUUCGCACAGAAUACUCAGCAGCAGCAGCAAACGACGCCGUUUUCGCAGCAGCCGAGUACCGGAUUCGGCUUCAAUUCGACUUUGUUUCAAUCUCCACUUCAACAACAGCAACAGCAACAACAGCCGCAGCAAAUGACGCCGUUCAAUCUUUCCGGUGUUCAGCAGCUCACCACUCAAAUGGCUCCUGUCGCUCCAUUACCUUUUUCCCUUGCCGAGCGUGACAUUCAGACUAUUGUUGAUGCUUACAAGGACGAACCUGGAAAUACGAAGUAUGCAUUUAAGCAUUUGCUAUUCAGUGUGAUGGAUCCGCAAUUAAAGGUUAAGCCACCUGGGGUAUCAGAUAUAAUGUGGGCUGAGGCGAUGGGAAAACUUGAGGGCAUGGACAGUACAAAUCGGGAGCGCUUAUGGCCUCAACUUGUACAAGGGUUCAAAGAUCUCUCAAAUCGUUUGAAGCUUCAGGAUGAAGUGAUUGUUGCAGAUGCGGAGAGAUUGCGGAUGACGCAAGGGAACGUGAAGACGCUUCAAAGGCAUUUUCAAGCUGACACUCUACCUCGCAUCGAGAGAUUGAAGCAGAAAGAGCAAGGUCUGCAAAGGCGUUUAUUAAGGGUGAUGAGAAUUGUGGAGGCGCUUGAGGGAAAAGGUUGCCGUUUGCCCCUUAUGAAAGCGGAAGUUGAAUUGGCGGAAAAGUUGGCUGGCACAGUAAGACAGCUCAAAGGGUCUGGCGCAGAACUUUCAAGGAGGGUACAAAACCUGCUGACCGUAUCUCGUGUUCAGGUGAAUACCAACGGUGGUAGCAUCUCUGUAUACCUUCCAGGGUCAACAAAAAUUCAAGAGAGGAGUCUCACGGACAUGCAGGAGGUUCUACAGCAGCAGACUGAUGCCAUAGCGAGACUUGGCAAUGUAUUGAAGAGAGACAUUCGGGACAUGGAGAUUAUAAUGGCUGAAGAUACUGAAAUGAUUGACAAUGGUAAUUAAUACUGCAGAUAUUGUAACUUACUUUUGUUCUUUUUUGGACAGAAUAUUGUAACUUUAUAUAAUAGAGUAUGAUAUUGGGUUUGUAGCUUGAGUGUAGAGUAAACUGAAGUUAUAGUAGAAUUGCUCUUCUAUGAAUAUCGAAAGAGCUAUUGCAUAUAAUCAUAUAUGCACAUGUGAUGUAACCACCUGCCUUAACUAGGAUUCUUGAAUGAACUAUCACAUUACCAUUAAUCCUUAAACGUCCUGACUAAUUACCUAA